AUUUUUCCACCUUCUUGACUGCAACGAAUUAUUAUUCUAGUAUGAAAAAAAAAACCCACCAAGAAAAAUUCGAGUACCACACCAAUACUACUACAUAGUACAUCCCAUUGAAAGCAUUGUAGAUUGGUCUUGUUAUGUUAUGAUAUCAAUCAAGAUAGAUAACCAACCAUUUUGUGUCCACCAAAACAAAACCCCUCAACUCCUCACCCACUAGCCAUGGGAGAGAAAGAGAAGAGAAACAAGAACAAGAAGCAAAAGCACCAACACCCCAAUGACCAAAGCACAAAGCAGAACUCUGAUUUCUCCUUCAAGCCAAGCUCAGAGGUAAAGGGUAUCAAAUUUGGAGGCCAGUUCAUAGUGAAGUCCUUCACAAUCAGAAGAGCAAGACCCUUGGAGCUUCUCAAGGUUCUUUCUUUCCCACCAACCAACAACACCAACAAACCAAAGGACAAGCUCCCUUUCCCUUCCACCACAGCAUUCUUGCCCACAAACUUCACCAUCUUGGCACACCAUGCUUGGCACACCCUCACCCUUGGCCUUGGCACCAAGAAGUCCAAGGUGCUCCUCUUUGUGUUUGAAACUGAGGCCAUGAAGGCCUCAGUGGACAGAAUUUGGCCACCAGAGAUAGCACUUGGUGAUGUCAACAAGAGGCUCAUAAGGGGCCUCAAUGGAUGUGAGAUGGCAAGGUUCAAGUUCAGAAAAGGGUGCAUAACUUUCUAUGUCUAUGCUGUUAGGCAAGUUGGAAGCUUUGGCUUUUCCUGUGCUGAGGAUCUAAGAACCAUUCUUCAGUCUGUUGUGGAGCUUAAGGAUUUCUUGGAUCACACUGUUAUGCUUUCCAUGCCAAACCAAAGAAGCAUCAGUUACUCACAGUCACAGUCACAACCUCAGGUAGCCAUGGCUCAUUAGGCCAAAGCUGUGAAUCAAUAUCAUCAUCUCAUCAGAGUUUAUAUAUAUGUGUGUGUGUGCGUGUGUCUAAGGGCUUCCUUCCUCUCUUCACAUUAACAUCUUCAUCUUCAUUAGGGUCUUAAAAGAGAUAUAUUUUGUCUUAAUUUGUUAACUUGGUUUCCUAGUCUUUUUGGAACUUUGGGAGGCUUAUUAUUGGUUUAUUUGUUGAUGAUCUUGUUUGAUCUGUAUUUUUCUUUUGAAUUUUGGGGAAAAUGAAAGUGUAAUGUAGCAUGAAUAAUGGGGGUACUAAAUUGAAGGUUAUACAGUGGAUGACCGAAUCCAGGUUGCAUUUGUCCUUUUUGUUGACAUCUGCUAAUACAAAUUUGUCAAGGGGGCGCAGUUUAUGCUUACUUUUUUUUCUUAUUGCUAGCUAUAGAAUCUUAAUCUAUUCCAGGCAGACAUAUUUUCCAGUAAUAAAUAGCGCACUUGAACUGUC